CGUUGAAUUUUUCCGCUUGGUUUUAUUUUUCCUUUCUUUCUAACUUUUCUCUGCAAUCAAAUGGAUCAGGCUGAGACUUAUUGAGUUGAAGGAGUAUGGAUCCGGUAAGGCAGGUUUUUUCUGUAGAUCUUCUCGAAAGAUAUGCCGCAAAGGGGCGUGGAGUGAUUACGUGCAUGGCUGCUGGAAAUGAUGUCAUUAUGUUAGGAACUAGUAAAGGGUGGGUUAUUAGACAUGACUUUGGAGUUGGAGAUUCUUAUGAUUUUGAUCUCUCUGUUGGUCGACCUGGGGAACAAUCCAUCCACAGAGUUUUUGUUGACCCAGGAGGGAGCCACUGUAUUGCCACCGUUGUUGGUAGUGGAGGUGCUGAUACAUACUAUACACAUGCAAAGUGGAGCAAGCCCCGUGUAUUAAGUAAAUUAAAAGGUCUUUUAGUGGAUGCUGUUGCUUGGAAUAAACAACAGAUAACAGAAGCUUCUACGAGGGAAGUCAUUCUUGGUACAGACAAUGGCCAACUUCAUGAAAUUGCUGUAGAUGAGAAGGAUAAAAAGGAGAAGUAUAUAAAGUUUCUUUUUGAACUAACUGAACUUCCAGAGGCUUUCAUGGGCUUGCAGAUGGAAACUGCUAGCAUAGCAAAUGGAACACGGUAUUAUGUUAUGGCUGUUACUCCUACACGACUUUAUUCUUUCACUGGAAUUGGGUCACUGGAUUCUGUUUUCGCUAGUUAUGUUGAUCGUGCGGUGCAUUUCAUGGAACUUCCGGGUGAAAUACCAAACAGUGAACUUCAUUUCUUUAUAAAGCAAAGGAGAGCCGUACAUUUUGCGUGGCUUUCUGGAGCAGGUAUCUAUCAUGGUGGCCUAAAUUUUGGAGCACAACAUAGUUCACCAAAUGGGGAUGAAAAUUUUGUGGAGAACAAGGCUCUUCUGGACUAUUCAAAGUUUUGUGAAGGAGACGAAGCUGUUAAACCUAGUUCUCUGGCAGUGUCUGAAUUUCAUUUUCUGCUCCUCAUUCGGAAUAGGGUGAAGGUUGUGAAUAGAAUUAGUGAGCAGAUAAUAGAGGAACUUCAGUUUGAUCAGACGGCAGAGUCAGCUUCAAAGGGUAUAAUUGGGUUAUGCAGUGAUGCCUCUGCUGGACUAUUUUAUGCAUAUGACCAAAACUCCAUAUUUCAGGUGUCUGUGAAUGACGAAGGCCGAGAUAUGUGGAAGAUCCACCUUGACUUGAAGGAAUAUGCUGCUGCUUUGGCAAAUUGUCGUGACCCACUUCAAAGAGACCAAGUAUAUCUAGUGCAGGCUGAAGCUGCUUUUUCCUCCAAGGACUUUCUCAGAGCAGCAUCUUUCUAUGCAAAAAUUAAUUAUGUACUGUCAUUUGAAGAGAUCACAUUGAAGUUUAUUAGCAUAGGCGAACAGGAUGCUUUGAGAACUUUCUUAUUGCGGAAGCUUGAUAAUCUUGCAAAGGAUGACAAAUGCCAAAUAACAAUGAUUUCUAUGUGGGCAACUGAACUGUACCUGGAUAAGGUAUAA